AAAAUGACAUGUUCAAUUUUCCUAAAAGAGAUGGGAGAGAACCAACACCAAGUCAAAAAAAAAUUUAUAGAAGUGCCAAUAGUUUUUUUUCAAAAGAAAAUACUGAUGAAUGGAAUAUUUUAACAUUCCAUCAUUUUAUGUCUAGAAGAGCAGGAAGUAGUAGCACUGGAGCAAAUGAAAGAGCAAAUGUUAUUGAUACUGGAAUGUAUAUACAAAAGAUAAAAGAUUCACAGGAAACCAAGAUACCUAAAACAACUGUUGAAUUGGUUCCAUUCCUUAAAGAAAAAAUAUCAAUAAUUACAACAAAUGAAAUGAAUUUCAAUAGAUGGCCAUGGUUGGUUGAUGGAUUUAAUAUUCAAAUGAAGAUUAAACAAUUGAUUAUUAAUUGGGAAUCAGAUUCUACAAUCAAAAAUGACCCAAUCCUGUCUUCUAUAAUUUAUACAUCUUCACCACCACAUUGGCUAAAAAUCCGGGUUUUCUGA